AUGACCAUCCAGAACAAGCCAGCCAUUUUCUACGUCAACGCCGCCCUCUUCGACUGCGACGGAACCCUCGUUAAUUCCACCGGCGCCAUUUCUGAGUUCUGGAGAGAUUUCGGCAAAACAAGACCCCACGUGAACCCAGAGGAAAUCAUCAGAACCUCCCACGGGUGCCGUACCUUUGACGUGAUCGCCAAGUGGUCCCCAGAAGACGCCGAAAAAAAGCAGGUGACCGAAUGGGAAGCUCUGAUUCCAGACACAUUUGGCCACUUUGCCAAAGCCAUUCCCGGCGCGGUGGAGCUUGUCAAGUCGUUCGACUCCUUCACCCCUCAAACCGCCAACAACCAGCAGCGCUGGGCCAUCGUCACCUCGGGCACGCUUCCCCUCGCCACCAAGUGGUUGAAGUUGCUCACGAUCGACAGACCAGACUGCUUCAUCACCGCCGAGAAGGUGACCAAAGGUAAACCUCAUCCCAUGGGCUACAGAUCGGCCAGAAACACGUUGGGCUACGAGCACGACGAGGCCAAGGUUGUGGUGUUUGAAGAUGCUCCUGCAGGCAUCACGGCCGGCAAGGGUGCUGGCGCUGUGAUUGUGGGCAUUUGCUCUACGUACGAUCCUGAGAAGGUGAGAAAGGCCGGUGCGGAUAUUGUGGUGGACGACUUGUCGUCGUUCAAGAUUGUGGGAUACAACAAGGAGAAGGACGAGUUUAAGGUGAUGGUGGAGGACUACCACUAUGCCAACGAGGAGUUUUUGCAGUAUGCCUAA